CACUCCUCGCCGCUGCCCCGUCGCGCAGCAUGGCCCGCGCAGCCCCCCGCCUCGUCCUCCUCGGCCUUCUGGUAUUGAGCUUGUGCUGUGACGCUUGCAAGAAAGUCACUUUUCAUGUUCCCUCUGUUCUCGAGGCCGACACGUUGGUUGGCAGAGUUAAUUUAAAUGAGUGCCUUCAGUCUGCAGAACACAUCAGUUCCAGUGAUGGGAGUUUCAAAGUUCUGGAAGAUGGUUCCGUGUAUACAACCUCUGCUGUUUCUUUAUCUGAUGAGAAAAGGACUUUUACCAUAUUACUUAAAGAUCUUCAAGAACAUGUAGAAAAGAAAAUACUUAUUGACUUGGAGACAGAUGAAAAAAAGAAGACUAGGCAUGCUAGAGAUACAGUUCUCAAGCGAACCAAGAGACGAUGGGGCCCAAUUCCUUCUGUUAUGAUAGAGAACUCACUUGGACCUUUCCCACUACAAAUUCAGCAGGUCCAGUCAGAUACGGCUCAGAACUACACCAUUUAUUAUUCUGCAAGUGGACCAGGAAUUGAUCAAGAUCCAAAGGGCUUGUUUUACAUAGAAAAAGAAACUGGAAAUAUCUUUGCUACUCGUGCAGUAGACCGUGAGCAGUAUCCAAGUUUUCAGAUCAUUUGCUUUGCAAGCACUCCAGAUGGUUAUUCACCGGAGGUACCCCUUGUGCAUACAAUCAGAAUAGAGGAUGACAAUGAUAAUGCUCCGUAUUUUACACAGGAUGUUUUUGAGUUUUGUGUCCCUGAAAACUCCAAGCCUGGUGUAGUUGUUGGAACAGUGACUGCAGAGGACAGAGAUGAGCCGUAUACUUUGCACACUACUUUGAAAUACCGCAUUGUGUCACAAGCUCCUUCAGUAACCCCAGCAUUUUCUUUGCAUGGUGACACAGGUGUCAUUACUGUGUUAUCGCCACAGCUGGAUAGAGAGCUGGUGUCCACGUACACUUUAUUAAUUGAAGUGAGAGAUAUGGCAGGUCAGCCUUUUGGUUUGUGCACAACAGGAACAGCUGUCAUUAAGAUUGAAGAUACAAAUGACAAUGCACCAACUUUUAAACAGUUGCAAUAUGAAACACAAGUGGAAGAAAACAGAGUGAAUGUAGACAUCCUGAGAAUUUCUGUUGUUGAUGCCGAUGAGUUUGGGGCACCUGGCUCCACAGCUGUGUAUGAAAUUAUAAGAGGAAAUGAUGACCACACCUUUGAAAUUACAACAGACAGAAACACAAAUGAAGGAGUACUUUGUGUUGUUAAGGGGCUGGAUUAUGAAAAUGCCAAGCAAAGGAUCCUCGUGAUUGCAGUCAACAAUGAGGCACCCUACAUGCUGGCACCACAUUCACAACAAGUUGUUCAGAGCACCUGUACUGUUACAGUGAAUGUCCUAGAUAUAGACGAGGGGCCGGUGUUUAAACCCUGUUUCUUCCGGAUGGACGCUAGCGAAUGUGAUGACAUUGGGACAAAUAUUGGGAAAUAUCUAGCAGAAGAUCCAGAAACUGGAAAUAGCGAAGGCAUCUGCUACAAAAUACCACCUGGACAGUGUAACUGGGUCAAUAUUGAUGAAAAAUCAGGUGAAGUCAGAACUGUUAGAGUCUUGGACCGAGAUCUAGGAGAAGUCAAACGAGGCCAAUGCAAUAUCACAGUCCUCGCAAUAGACAGAAAUGGCAAAACAGGCACUGGAACCCUUCAAGUUGUCAUCCAGCCUUGCGACAGGAGUUACCCACGAAUUCUUAUAACUGACUAUAUAAUGUGCAGAGACAGAAAACCAAUCUGCCUCAGUGCAGGGGAUGGAGAUGAGACUUCUUACAGCAUGCCCUUAGUCUAUCGCAUGACUGACCGUAGCUUGGGUUCCAUGUGGAAGAUAACACGGCACAAUGAAAAGUCUGUAUAUCUUUCACCAAGGGGUGAUAUUCCAUUUGGAACAUACACUAUUCCUGUCAGCGUAUCUGAUAGUUCAGGAAGGCAAGGAAUCAGUGAAAUUAGAGUUAACUACUGUGAUUGUGUUACUCCAAGUGAUUGUGGAGUUGCUCGUAGUGCUGGGAGUGUUACUCUUGGUGUAUGGGCCAUCCUUGCAAUGAUCUUGGGAUCACUGCUAUUGCUGUUAAUCCUAAUUACAAUUUGUGGCUGUUGUGGUGCUGGGGUAAUGCACAGGCAAGUGACCGAUGAUUGUGCCAAUCACAACUUAAUCAUUUCAAAUACAGAAGCUCCAGGAGAAGAAGUGAUGGAUCACAAUAUAAUUCCUCUACAAACUACUGAUCAAGUAGGAUGUGGAAUAAAAACAGGAGAUCAGCAAACAUUUGAAAUGGUAAAAGGAAGAGGGCAUACCCUGGAGUCAGUCAGAGGAGGUGGACAUCAGACGCUGGGAUCAGUCAAAGAAGGAGGAGGAGGACAGGCUAUGGUGGACACGUGUAGAUACUCCUACUCAGAAUGGCAUAAUUUCACACAUCCUCGUUUAGGAGAAAAGGUGCAUCUAUGCAGACAGGAUGAAGAACAGAAACAUUCUGAAGAUUAUCUCCUUUCAUAUAACUAUGAAGGAAAAGGAUCCUUGGCUGGUUCUGUAGGCUGCUGCAGUGAUCAGCAUGAAGAAGAGGCACUUGAUUUCUUAGAUCAGCUGGAACCCAAGUUUAGGACAUUGGCAGAAACGUGUAUAAAAAGAUAAACAUGUCUUUCAUGGUGCUGAAAAAAACUGUAAAUAAGUGGCUGUCCUACUUUUGUGAUAUUAGGUAUUUUGGAAUUGAAUGCAACAGAUUCUUCCACCUCUUGCUUUCUUGGGGAACGGUUUAUCAAAAUUAAUUUAGUGAGUGUAAGUAACACAUUAAAUGUACGGCAUAUUUUUUUAUACCUACUAGACAUCAAAAGUAAGGGAUUCAGAACAUUUUGUCUUUAGACUACGUUCAUAGGGUAAUACUAUUUUCCAUUUAGUUUUUACUUCCUAUUCUUUGUGGUUGCUUAAAAUGCAAAACUUAGUGCCGUUAAUGAUUGUUUCAUUCUUGAAGUUUUACUUUUUU